GACAUAAAAAAUAUAAUUACAAAUGGCGUUUACGUAGAAUAGACAGAUGUGUUCACGGCCACGAUGGGCGAUGAUUCUUUGAUAUUACGAGAAGAUGGUUAUAUUCGUAUGAACUUUCCUGUUUCUUCUUUAACGUACCAUAGUAACUUAAAUAUAAUUUUGGUGAAGACUGACGUGGGUGGUGUACACGUUUUGGAUGUGAACUCUGGUGUGAUACUUCAGUCAUCUUGUCUAUCAGCGGAUGAAGGCGGUACUGUCGGCGUGGAAUAUGCACCAGGAGCGGACCGUGUGUUGUUAUGGGACAGAAGCGGUGUCGGCGCCCGCACAGACUACAACGGGGUGCUGUUGCUGCACACGGCGCUGCAGCGCCGACUGCCCUCUCCACAGCCCGAGACCGUCAUAAAGAUCGAACUCGUCCUGUCAGAGGCGGUGAUCCUGUACCAGUGCCUCCAAAAUCUAGACGUGCAUGCUAUCGAGGGCUUGCAAGACUUCGUCAACGCACUCAAGACCGCCAUUGAUGCCGAGCCCGCUAGAAAAGGCGUUAAAGCUCAAAAGUGGAGCACAGUGACGAUCUCCCUGCCGCAAGUGACCUUCCGACUUGUGACUGCGGCGGUGGUACACGAGCUGAAGGGGCAGAACCGACGCGUGCCGGCGCUGGCCAUCGCCUCCGCCGUACGUCAGCGCGCCAACGAGCUGAUGCCCAGUGCGCGCGACGGCGAGACCCGCGCCCUUAUGUACUCCGAAGCCGAGAGGAAGGAGACCUUCAAGCGUUGGCCGCAUAUGGACUACAAGUGGGCGUUGCCGGCACGCAUGGCGCAGGCGGGCUUCUACCACCAGCCGUCGCCGAGUGGUGACGACCGCGCGAUGUGCUUCACGUGCAUGGUGUGCCUCGUGUGCUGGGAGAAGUCUGACGAGCCGUGGGUGGAGCACGAGCGCCACUCCCCCAACUGCCCCUUCGUGCGCGGCGAAUACACGCACAACGUGCCCAUCUCGGUUUCAAAUGCGACUGCGUGCGCGCAUCCCUGCCCUGACAUCUCGGUGGUGUCAAAGGGCAACACUGGCGACCUGGUGGCGACCGGCACCGCCGAGGGCAAGGUCUCGUUGUGGCGCUUCGAUAGCGGCCUCAAGUUCGUCAAUGUUAUCAACCUCUCCCCGUACGACUCCAUUUUCAGCGGGAUACUGGCCACCGAAAGUAAUAAAGUUUGGUCCGCUAGCCUGGAAAAGGAUACAUCCACAUACGACCUGGAGCUCACAGCGAUGGCGUUCAUUGGUAUGACGUCGAAACAGGCAACAUACCAGCAAAAUCAAAACACAGAAACUAACGAGAAAGAGUCGAGCGGCGUCAAGUCGAAACCCUCCCUCAUAUGUGGAGUGAUUGUCACACGAACUAACUCUGCGCAGGCGGACCAGCCCCUCGCUGACGAUGCGAGCAAGGCGCUGUUCGACUCGGGUGCCGUCAGUCAGUCCGACGAGACCAUCAAAGAAAUGAACGACCAAAAUGAGGCCAAGAAUAACCAGACUUCGGAGAAAAUGCUCUUCCUUUUGACUUAUGACAUAUACUGCUCGCUGGGAGGCACCGUCGCCACGGUCGUGCCCACCUCCAACAGUAGCGCAAAUUCCAAGCCCGGCGGCAGCAAGAAGAUCCCGCUCCUGCCGGUGCCCAGGACCGACGACGGCAAUAUCUACGACGAGAUAUACUUCCAGUACUCCGAUGAGGAGACCGAGCUUCCGCAGUGCACCAACUUAUUAGAUGAACACAUAAGUAACGUUAUUAAUUUAAAUGCAUCGUCCAGCAAAGAGAUCUGCAAAUUUUGGGACACGAAGAAGAUUAUGUUCUCGAAACAUUACAAAGUGCUAGCGCCUUCCCCUCCGAAUGCUCUGCUGCCCGAGCUACCGGAGCCAGGACAGACGACCAUCAUCGACUUCGUCGGCAAUCUGUCGCAGCUCAAAAGCUGGAAGAGUGGCAACCUGGACUCUGUAGGCACCAAAAUAGCCGAUCAGCCCGAUGCGGUUCAAAUCGGUCCGCCGACUAUUACACCGACCAUCACUCAUUACUUCAACAUGAAUGGACCUCUGGAAAUAUCAGAUUUGAAAUGGUAUGAAGAUGGAGAUGGUAUUGAAAAAAUCAAGAUUCCCCCGUUCACUGUAUGUAAACCUGGCACGGAGACCGCCGUCAGCAACAGUAACAACGACGGCUUCGACAGCGACGCCAACCAGGAGGAGGCGUUGUAUCCCAUCGUCGCCGUGCAGUGCCUUCGCCUGCCGGCCGACUUGGAUAUCAAUGAUGCUUCUAAAAUAACGCACCUGUUGCCGACCGAGGACAAGGAACAUUUAUUAGUAGUCGUUUCCGCCAUAGAAUCAGACAAAUCAAAACCGGAACCCGAGGCGGAUGGCAAUAGCGACAUGAACAUGGACGUCGACGAUAGCGAAAUCGACAGCACAGUGAAAGACACGAAGGCUCAUUUCUUACUUUACAAAAUUAACAAGAAAACCUCCGUUUACACUUUAGACGAUCAACCCGUUUUAGUUAAAGAGUUGCCAUACAACGAGAGCCCUGUAGACUUAUGUCUCCUGCCUGCCGAUAAACACGACCAAUGUUCCCUAGCUGCGGUCGGGGUGGACGGCACUUUAAGAAUGUAUUCAAUGUCAGAUUUUAAAAUGUUGUCUGAAAAAUCUCUACCUAACGGUCAGUUCACGUCGGUCGUGUACUGCACGUCUGUGGAGCGCCUGAGUGUUGCCACCAAGCAAGGCAUGAUCUACUUCUACGCGCUCAACGAUGGGGAAAAAGAUUCAGCAGGAGCAGUAGUCGAAGAUCAUUUCUCUAAUGUAGACCUGGACAUGUUGUGGUACGAGUCAUUGACCGGGCCGACCAGCCCCCCCUCUAUCAUAGCUAACAAGCCCGAGUUGAACAUUACGGACUUAGAAACUUUGAUUACACUCAGUGGCAUGUACGGCACAAACGACACCGUGCCGUACAGCACCGUGGUGCCGGGCUUCUGGUGCGAAUUGUCCCCCGCGCAAAGGUCGAGAUCCGAUCACCAGAACAACAGAUGCUGGAGGCUGCAAAAUACAUCUUCCACCUGGGACGAGCACGUGCUCGAGUUGACUAUGCCGUACAGCGUCUCACUUGCACACAUAGAAUUUAGUUUCACUUUGCACAAUGCCAGUACGGGAAAUUUGCCCGUGAUUCAGGUCACCUUAUUGAAGCAGAAUUUGCACGGAGUUGGAUACAAAAAGGACGCAUCGUUCUGCCAGCGAUCCGACUCGCCCGUUCAUUUCCCUGUCAUCGACACCGACGGACCCAACAUAGAGAACCCCGUCAACAGUGAGGAGUAUCUCCAGGCCCACAACGCGGAGAUCCUCGCCGGGCCGUUGCUGCUCUCCUCCGGACUGGAUCUGACGCAGCAGUCGGGCACAUUGAUACUGACAAGUCCGCGCCUAUUUAGAGCGAGAGGCAGAACAUUCCUGAUUCAUAUUAAGACUUUGUUCGAUCCGGCCAAGGACAUGACGAAAGGCCCGACCAAGUCCGGCGAGAGCUCCAAAAAGACGGGCUUCAUCGGCUGCGAUUGGCUGCACCAGAUAUCUAUAACGGUGAGGUCCAGCCCCCACACCGAGCUGCCAAUGGAGAAGCAACAGCGGAUCGCUAUGCUCGAAUCCAACACGUUUUUGGAUACGCUUUGCGAAAUAGCAACAAAAAAGGGAGGUAACGAGGAACGCAGACUCGCUCUGGAUCUCCUGAACUGGGUUCUGUCUAUACGGCUGCAGCGCAUGCGGCUGGUGGAGAAGGGCCAGGACAAGGAGGCAGAGAGCCCGGUAGAAACGCAGCAGCUGGAGUGCGUCGCCGUCAUAGAGAAGCACAUCGAGGCGCUCGUCAAGAACUGCAUCCUGUGUGCCAACAGGAGCAUCGCCAAGAAAUGCAUCAAAAUUAUACUUAUCACCAGCGAAGGCGUGAAGCAGCUUCCGAAGCCUUGGAAGUGCACUUUCGAGUCGCGGCUGUCGCAGUGCGUGGUGUCGUGUGUGCCGUACGUAGGUGCGUGUGGCUCUCCCGGCGCGCUCAAGUGGCUGGUGGCGCUGGCACAGCACGCGGUGCCGCCGCACGCCGCGCCAGCUCUGCUCGCGCACUGCUGUCGCCUGCUCGACCUCUCCGCCAAGUGCCUGCAGGACCGCACCGAUCUAUACCAUCAUUUGUUACGUGCUAGGUUCGGCCUAUACGGUCUACCGCUGGAGCGGAGCAUUUUUACAACGGAAGUACCGGAGCUGGGUCGCGCUGCUAGCACGCAGGCCAGCAGCAGCGAUGACGCCGGACCCACCAUUAGGCCAGACCACCAGCUCAAGGAUCUGCUAAAUUUGCCGCUCAACAUCGAAGGUAAGAGUAACGGUUCGUCGAAUGGUGCGUGGUGGGCGAGCGGGCCGGCGAGUACAGCGUGCGGUGUGGCUGCGGGCGAGGCGCUGGCGCUGCACGUCACCAGCUACGUGGCUUCAGAUGGCACCAAACUAGAGUCUGUCGCCGCACGACACCAACCCGCUGUUGUUAGUGCGCUGCCAACUGACUCACAUCAGCUUUGGACAGUGGUGAAGGAGGGGCAAGUUAAGCAGCAGUCGCAGGACCCUGACUCCCUGGACGACGUGGAGAGCUCUAUGAUGGAAUGCGAUCCCCAGGACAAACCCGAUACGCCGGGAGAUAACUUCUUUACGGAGGAAGAGCAAUGCGGCAUCCCGUGGGCGACGUUGGUGAGCAAGCCGCCGCAGCACACGCUGGUGGUGGAGCGCAUGCACUCUGGUGCGCGCCGCUACAUUGUGCUAGACUUUGGACACACCGUGCGACUUACUGAUGUCAUAAUCCCGUCGUGCUCGGAUCUGGUAACGCUGUGCAUCGACAUCUGGGUGGCCGGCGAGGAGACAGACUGCGUGAAGCUCGCCUUCGCCUCCGACAUCGCUACAAAGCACCUCGUGCUUACAGACAUACAGCCACCGCCGCUCUGCAGAUACAUGAAGAUAACAACAAUCGGGCGCUACGGCAUGUCAGCUAUGAAGUGCAAGAUCCCGCUGGGCUGGUUCUACGGCGAGAUCGCGGAGGUACCCAACGUGCAGGCCUCUAUCAAUGCCCUCAACGCCCUGCACCAGGACCUCAGCUGCAGGUUUAGGUUGGCAACCGGAAAACUGAUCGAUCUCUUGAACCCAUACCUGGAAAUGUACAACGGCAACGCUGCCCACAUGAUGGCGUACUUCAACUUGGCUAACGAGGUGGACCCCAAGGUGGUUGCCGCGUACCAGGAGUGUAUGGAGCUGCAGCAGCAGGUGCAUAACUGCAACAACAUGCUGCGUAAGCUCGGCAACGGCGCCGAUUGCAACGAGCGUGCGCUCGACAUGAUCACCCGUGGUGCUGUCACUGCGGAGGACCUCCUGUUGCGCGCCUCCACUGACAAGCUGCGCGUCAUCGCAGAGAACGUCGUCGACAUGCUGCUCUACUUCGUCUUCCAAAUGGACGAGGUGCAAUAUCCGGAGGUGUCCAGCGAGUGGUUCUCGUGCGUGUCCUCACUGAUGUGGUCGUGCGGUGCGCGCGGUGCGGCCUCGCUGGGCACGCUGCUGGCGCGCCUCUGCGGCUCAGCCGACUGGUGGGGCGAGCGCCUCGCCGAUCUGCUUUGCGAUGCCUUCUCGCCGCACGAUGCACCACCAAGGCCACUCGAUAGAUGUCUAGUGGUAGUGAUGUACAUGUGCCGGAAGAGCAUGUACGCGCACUUGGAGACGGGUGGCGCGGGCGUUGCGGCGGCGCUAGCUCGACGUGCGCUGACUUUGCUGCGCGCGCCCGAGCCGCGGCCCGCGCCACUGGUCGCGCUGCUCACCGCGCUCUCCUCCGUAUUGGAUGCCGCGCUGCCGCCACCCUCCGUCUCGCUCAUGCCCUCAGCCAACACCACGCCGGCCGCACAGAGACUCAAGAGAUGGGAGUGGGUGACGGGCGGGCUGGCGGGUGCGUGCGGGCCGGGCGGCGCGGACGCGGCUGGCGAGCGCGGUGACUGCAAGCUGCCGCGUCGCAAACUGCACAAGAAGUUGCUCAACCACAUGCACGAGCUUGAGUCGGUGCGACGCGCUCGCAACCGAAUCAAGGCUCGGCUGGUUUCGUCGGGCAAGUUGGGGUGCGUGGUGAGCACCAAGGCGGAGGAGAUGGAGCGUGCGGCGCGCCUCGUGCCCCCCUCGCUCGCCGUGCAGCUCGCGCAGGCGCUCGUCGCGCAUCUGCUCGCCGUCGACAGCUCCGUCUCCGGCGAGACGUUGCUGCUCUGCGCCAAGGUCGUGGGGAGACUUUGCGCUGCGAGUGGCGGCGCGUCUCUGCUGGAACCGGCGAGCGUGCUGGGACUGGCCCGGCUGGCGGUCACGCUGCCACCGUGGCCAAGACACGCACUUACCACUCUACUGCAGGAUUUGGUCGAGUAUGAAAACAUAGACGGUACCCCGAGUCCCACCAGUGAAGAGCCGUCGUGGAGCGAUGCGAGCUCAUCUCGACCGACAGUCACACAGGACGACAUUGGCGCCAGGACGCCGCCGCGCAAGAACAAGAGCGGAUCUGUAGCAGAUUCCUUAGCGGCUAGCUUUGGCCUGUCGAAGAGCGGCAAGCCGAAGUCCAAGCCCAAAGUUGCCGCAACCGUGCUAGCGGCCGCAAAUGCAGUGAAAACCAUUGAAUAUCGUCUCAGCCAAGUAGCGGAGCUGGAGGUGUUGCUCGACUCGGAAACGGAGGAUAAACAGGAUUCAGACUUCGUGGACGCAAAGAAAUACAAGAUAAAACCCACUGCCGAUAAUUUCAACACUAGUAUAUCGACGUGCGUGGACGCGCGUCUUGAGAGUGGUGUGGCGGCGGCGGGCGAGGCGCUGGCCCGGCGGCUGCUGGCCGCAACAUCCGGCGCGCUGGCGGCGGCACUGCGCCCCGCACCAUCACCACCCUUCACCCCUCCGCUAUCGCCGGGCAUGAGUCCCGUGCCCUCGCCCGCCGGACCCUCUUCACCACCCGCAGCGGGCCCCAGCCACCAGGCCAUAGCUUCCUCUUCGGUGGCCACGCGCGCUCACCCCCCUCUCACGCACACGCUCUACGACGUAUUCAGACAUCUGGCGCUCGAGUUCCCGCAACAGCGCGACUGCAGCCUGAUGGAGAACGUGCUGUCGCUGUGGAUGACGCUGAAUGGAUGCGCGUGGGGCGCGGGCAGCGCGGGGGGCUCCGGGGGCUCGUCUAGCUCGGGGGCGUGGUCUCCCGUACCCUCGGACACGCCGCGAGUGCGCCUCGCUCCGGACACCGUCACCGCCAUAUUGCACCAGCUCUGCACAGUGGAGAAUAUAUCUUUGAGGUGCUGGAUAUUAUCAAUGCAGUCUUUGGCGUGGAUAGCGGGACUACCUUUACAAACGGAGGGCGGAGCGCAGACGUUGGGCCGCUUCGUGCUGGAGAGCGAGUACUUCGUGCCCGCCCUCGUCAAGUUCAUUUCGAUGGACGUCAAUGCGGACUGUGCAGUCACUUGCUCGGAGACUUAUCUUUCGGGGUCUAGUGUCGGAGCGGGAUUGGGUGCUGCGGGUGCGCUGCAGGCGGUGUUGACGCGCGUGGUGAAGGCACGCAGCGGAGCCGGGGCACUGGUGGCGCUGCGCGUGCUGGCCUCGCUGUGGGCGCCGCAGCGCGCUCAUGAUAGUGCGCAGCCGCUCGACCUGCACGCCGCCCUGCUGCGGGCCGCGCACGACCUCGUGCCCUCGCUCGCCUCGCAACACCUGCACCACGCCAUGCCGCUCAUACGAUCUAUUGCUACUCAGAGUUUGUGGUGGAUGCGUGGUGCGGGUGGGGGGCGUGUCGAGGGCAGUGCGGAGGCGCGGCUGACAGGUCUGCUGGCAGACAUACUACCCCCCGGCGCCGCACCGGCACGCCGCGUGCCGCCGCGCCGCGCUGUUCUCGCUCACCUGUUGUAUUACGCGCGCCGCCUUCUCGCACUGCCGCUGCCCAUCAACACACAACAAGGACAGGUGGAGAGUGGCGAGCAGUCGCAGACAGACGAGAGCAAGGCGCUGGGUGUUGCUGACGGCACCAACCUGGAGGACGAGCGCAAGCAUGUACCGCGCGCGCCGUGCCUCGCCGACGCAGUAUUACAAGAAGCAGACAUCAUGCAAGACUUUUACGCGACAUUAUCAGUGUGCGAUGGAUUGAACAGUUUAGUAUUGAAUUCAAGCACAAAUGCCGAGUCCACAGAAUACUCUUCGUUGAAGGAAGAAAUAUUUUGGUUGGUGGCUCAGCUGCCGACCGUUGCCUCUAACGCGGCGCUAAUGGUGCCCAGUCUCAUGGAUUUCCUCAGGAAAAAGGAGGUGAUCAAUCUGUCUCAAGCUAUGCAGCAACUGAUUGUGAAACUGCUAGACAAAUCCGAAGCGUUGGCCGCCUUCAUAGAGGCUGGCGGGUUGGAGCUCUCUGUGGAGAAACUCACCACCUGCCAUCAGUCGGGGCCGAGCAACAGUCAAGGUCUAGUUUCGUCCCUGAUGAACCACUUGAAGGUGCCGCCGCAGAUCAUCAACAUGUCGACGGCCGCCGGCGUCAAGAAGACUCAGCCGCCUAUCACCGACACCGCUAAUGGACUCGUCAACAUUGCCCCACUAUGCACCGUGUCGUGCGAUAACCCGACGGCGCAGGCAGCAGACGUGCUGCUGGACGGAGGCGGGCUGUCUGCGGGCGCGUGCGCAGCGCGACGUGUACGUGCCGCCGCCUGGUCCUACCACUUCUUCAGUGCGGACGACACCUCGCUCGCCCUCACUCUUACGCUGCCAUACGCCGCACAACUGCACGAGGUGCAUCUGCAGCCGCACCUCACCAGCCUCGCAACGUGCCCCGGUGCAGUGAGCAUAGAGGCGUCAUGCGGUGGCCCGCUGGUGGCGUUGGGUCCACCGCAGGUGACGGCCGGCAUGACCUUCAUCCGGCUGGUGCUGGCGCGGCCGGCCGUGGCGUCUACGGUGCAGCUGCGCCUGUACAAGCCGCGCGACAGCUCCUACAUGGGCCUACUGCAGCUGCGAGUCAUCGUCGCGCCAGCAUUCGCCGCGCCCACACUACUCGCGCCCAACGGUAAUAACUGGGUGUGUGUGGUGGCGGCGUGCACGCGAGCUCAGCUUGAGUCGUCGCGGUGGGCGAGCGUGGGCAGCCCGGCGGCAGUGCGCGCGCUGUGCGCCGCCGUGCUGGCUACCCGCGGCAGCAGCCCGCAGGCGCACGCCCACACCUCGUACGCUGCGCACACUGCGCUGCUGGCCGCCGCGCGCGCCUGCCCAGAACUGCGCGCCCCACUACUCAACGCCCUACUCGCCACAGAUGAACACGCAUACGUACAUUCGUUCCAGAUGUGCGGGGGUGGAAAUAGGGGUGUGAGCGCGGGCGCCAGCGUAACGGCGGUGUGCUGGACGGCGCGCCAGUUGUGUCGCCGCUGCCCCGAGGGCACCACCGCAGCCUUUGUGCACUGGCUGGCCGAGGUGGCGCAGCGCCCGCGCCGCACGCCCUCCGCAGCAUUGCUUCACACACUCGCAUCGGUGUUAUGGUCCCUGAAAGAAGAGCGUCUGCUGGACGAUCUGGACGAGCUGAUAACGGACGAGCUAUUCGACUUAGUGUUUGUGUGGGUGCAGGAAGUGGACGAGAUCAGUUUCCUUAAAAAAGCACUCGAUGCCAUCGUAUGCUCAAUGUGCUACAUAAGGCCGGACCUCUUCAAGAAGUUAAUGGAACACAUUGGCGUUCCUGUAGACAAUGACGAAAUUAUGGAGGGUCUGACAGAUGACCGCAAGGUGCACCAGCCGCUGCGUGUCACAAGCGCGGGUGAGAGCGGGGGCGAGGUGACGACCGCAGCAGCUUGCGGUGCGGCUGCGGCUGCUGCACGGCUGAGGCGACGUGAGCUGCGUACACUGGCUUCGGCCGCACUUUCUCCCGCCGCCACACUCAUGUUGAUGCAGUCACCGCUGCCGCAUGCGCUCGUGCGGUGCAUCGUUGAAUACAGUGAAGCUAAACUACAACAAAUUAAAGAACAAUUAAAUACUCAAGAGGACGUAUACAUGAAAGACGCCGAAAUUGAACCGAAUCAAACCGUAACAUCGCCAUCUAUGCAGCACAUCUGCGACAUCGUGGAGUGGGCGCGGCUGAUGUGCGUGGACCGCCGCUUCAAGGACUGGCUGGGUGCGGCCGGUAACUCCUUCUGGCGGCCUCUGCUCUCCAUGCUCUGCUAUCCGCGCCCGCGCGCCUCUUCAUGGCAGGAGAGCUCGGAGUACGCUAAUCUGGAGGAACAAACGAUACGGUUGUUCGCAGAACUGACUGUGUGCCACGCUUCCAAUCAGAAACUCUUCGCUUCGACAUUACACAAUAUUCUUGAAUCAAUGCAAAACACGAGUCCGGAAGGUCUGUCCGGAUUCACAAGGUCGCUGAUCCUGCGGCUGGUGCUGUCGUCGGAGCGCGGCACGGUGGCGCUGCGCUGGGCGGCGUCGGGCGCGGACACGGGCGCGGGCGCAGCAGCCAGCAACAGCGCGCCGCCGCACCCCUCCAUGCACUGCCAUGCGCUGCUCUCGCUGCCGCUUCACACCACCGUGCGCUCUCUGCUCACAGAACACCGCCCACCACGUGAGUUGCAUAUAGUUCUAUUUAUCCAACUCGAAGGACCAUAGCAUAUCGUCGUAAGCGGUCAUUACGUGGCCUAGUCGUGUAACUUGCAAUAUGUCCCGACAGUAGACGAAGCGACGAGGAUGAGCCUGAGCAGCGCGGCGCCGGCUAUGUUGCGCAGCGCUUCUGACACCGCCAUCCGUACUGUGGCCGAGGCCUGGGAGCUUAGCCUGGCCGCCGCCAGCGCCUCCAAGGACAAGCGCGUCAAGGACGCCAAGAACAACUCGCUAAAGCAACAGGGCACCAAGAAGCGACAGUCCAAGCCCAACAACGACAACUCUGUACUAUCACUCGCUGAAGAGUUUGUGGAGACGACGAUCCGCGUGCAGGCCAGCGGGCUGGAGGGCUUUGUGCCGGGCACCGUGACGCUGGCGCAGCUUGCCGCCGUCUGCCCGCACAACUUCGGUCCCCAUCUGUCUCUCACGCUGCACCUCAACACCAACGGAGAAACCCGUCCCGGCGUUACGUGGGAUGGCAGCAGCAGCAGCGGGGGCAGCAGCGUGGGCGGGGUGGGUGGCCUGGCACUGGGCGUGCUGCACUGGUUUGCGCAGUGCGGCGGGCUGGCGCUGGUGGCCUCGCGCCUGCCUCGCCCGCACGCCCCACCAGCUCCUCCGCCCGCGCCCUCCUCUCACCACCAUGACCUCGACUGGGUCAAACUCGAGGACCCAUAUGAUGACUUAGUGGAGUUGGGCGGGGCUGCCGGAGCAGGCGGUGGUGGUGGCGGUGCGGGGAGCGGCGAGGAGCAGUCUGCGGGCGUACCCGUGCACGCUCUGGUGGCGCUGGGCCCGCUGCUCAAGCUGCCGGGCUAUGCGGCCGCGCUGUUGGACGAGGGCCCGCGCGCCGUGCACCUGCUGCGUCUGCUGCUCGGCGUCUCGCACGAUGAGGACGGACGUAAUAUAGCCGUUGGUAGUGCAGUAGGCGGUGGCGGCGGAGGCGGGGCGAAGGGUGAGGGGUCGUGGUCGCUGGGCACGCUGCCGUUCCGUGUGCUGGCGCGGCUGCUGCACGCAGCGCCCCCCGACACUGACGACGGGCGUUCUCUGCGCGCUGCACUGCUGCGCCUCGGCCUCGUGCGCCUGCUGCUCGCCUGCCUCGCAGUAUUCACGCAUCACAAACCCGCUUCCAAUGAUAAUAGCCAGGCAUCAAACGGUUCUGGCAAGCCGGAGGAGAAGAGCCAGCUGUAUUGGGCGAAGGGUACGGGCUUCGGCACCGGCUCCACGCAGCAGUCGUGGAACGUGGAGCAGGCCCUCGUGAGGCAGCGCGUCGAGGAGGAACACGUCACUGUCUUGCUCGAGGUGCUGUCGGCGUACAUGAACCCUGGUGAGCGGUGGCCGCCGGAGGAGGACGCGCCGCAACCCUCCCCAGAGGGCGAGGAACGCGACCAUCACCUGCCGCACGAGUUCGUCGAUCUCAUCGCUAACAGCUCCCUGCUGCCCGCCAUAUGCUCCUACCUAAGGAACGACUCAGUGUUGGACAUGUCGCGGCACAUUCCUCUAUACGUGUGCGUGCUGAGCUGCGCACGCGCACUGCACGCGCUGCGCUGCCGGCGGCUGGCGGGCGCGCUGCGCGCCGUGCCGCAGCUGCUCGCGCUCAUGAGCCGCACCACCAACUCAUACGCCAGCAAGCUCAGAAUGAGCAAAAAGAACAUAUUCGGCAAGAUGACGUACAGCCAAAGAUUCAACACGGCCAGCAACUGCGAGCUGUCGGAGGAGGACGAGGGCCUCGCCGCCCUCAUUGCAGACAUACAGGCGACGUCGGCGCUGAUGUGCCGGUCCGAGGGUGAGGCGGAGGCGGGGGGCGUGCCGCGGCCGCUGGGCGGGGCCUCGCGUGAGGCGCGCUACAUCAACCUCAUGCGCACCAUGCAGUUCGAGACGUUCGAGAUGCUGGCGGAGUGCUCGGAGAACGGGUACAGGUUCACUGUGCCGUACCACUUCGAGGGUACGGUGCGCGCGGCCGGCGAGAGAGCGCACCCGGCGCGCAUGAAGCGUCUCGCGCAGGAGGCCGCCACCCUCGCCACCAGUCUGCCGCUCUCCUACUCCUCCUCUGUCUUCGUGCGCACCGACACCGACCGUCUCGACGUGAUGAAGGUCCUAAUAACUGGUCCCUCGGACACGCCCUACGCGAACGGAUGCUUUAUCCUAGACGUGUACUUCCCGGCGGAGUAUCCCGCCGUGCCCAUGCUCAUCAACUUGGAGACGACAGGCCGGCACUCGGUGCGCUUCAACCCCAACCUAUACAACGACGGCAAGGUGUGCCUCUCCGUGCUCAACACCUGGCACGGCCGCCCCGAGGAGAAGUGGAACGCGCACACCUCCAGCUUCCUACAGGUGCUGGUGUCGAUCCAGUCGCUGAUCCUGGUGCCGGAACCAUACUUCAACGAGCCGGGCUACGAGCGCAGUCGUGGUACACGCGUCGGCAGCAACGCCUCGCUCGAGUACAACUCCAACAUCUACCAGGCGUGUGUGCGCUGGGCUAUGCUCGACCAUCUGCGCAAUCCCGAACCCUGCUUCAAGGAGGUGAUACAGACACAUUUCUGGAUCAAACGUAAUGAAAUAAUGCAAACGGUCGCCAACUGGAUCACGGAGCUGGAGGGUCAGAGCGGCGACGAGCGCACGCAGCGCAGCAUACAGCACAAUCUGAUGGCGCUCAAGCGGCACUACGUGAAGCUACAAGAGGAGCUGGCCAAGCUGCCGGUGCCGCCCGGUCUCGAGGACUUGGAUGAGCCCUUCCAGCUGCCGGCCGCGCCCUCCCCGCCACCAGCGCCCGCCGGCCCGCACUCGCCGCGCGCGCCCCGCGCCCCGCUGCCGCUGCACUCGCUCACCAACGAGGAGCUCUACAACGACAUGGAAAAGAUCGUCGCUCAGGUCCUCGAGUGAGCCCCUCUCCCCGCCCGCCAUCGCAUCUUUUAGUAUGUAAAUGAUAUAUGUUAGUUACUCGUUUAUUGUCUACUCGAUGUUUUAGGAAUCUAAAAUGUUUUUGCGAUGCGAUCCGAUCGCGACGUGUGCGCGCCCCCCGCACCCCCCGCGCCCCCCUCUGAAGUACAAGCGGGGACACGUCGCAUUUACACUAGUGUAGUUUAGGAUGAGAUUUUACUUAUAUAUUAUUUGUAUUUAUUUUGAUUAUUUUUGUCAAGUCGCCGACGAUGGACGUACAAUAUUUAGAUACGGGGUACGUCGGAGCGCUCGACUGGACGUCAGCUCGUCGCCUAGUUUCGUUUUCGAUAGAUUUUAUUAGAUUUAUAUAAUAAAAAUGAAUAGCAUUUAGUUGCGCUUUGUUUUAGUUUAACACAUAUUGUGAUAUUAAACGGGCUCGCGCCCGGUAAGCUGUUUAAGUAUAGACGUACGGGCCGAUGUCGUCGCACUCAAACUGUCUGUGUGUAUGUGUGCUCUCCCCGCGUCCGCCUCGCCCCACCAACACCACCACCACCACCACCACCACCAUCGCCUGUGAUGUACUCUCAAUCCAAUAUGAUUAUGCAAAUUGUAAACACUGUAUUGUGUUAUGUACGAUUACAAAAUCAGAAGCCAUCAUGGGAUGUAGGUGUUGAGUUGAUUGUCCGGUAUAUAUACCUUUGCAGCCGAGCCACGAUCACCGCGACAUCUCGCGUCGUGUCGCAGCUCGGUCACGACUGCUUGUUAAUUCAUAUACUAGUUUUAAGUUUCUAAAACUACGUGUGAACAGAGGGCCUAGCACGAAAAUAAGUAUUUGUAACGUAAUCGACAAUAUUUGUAUUAGAUUUGUACAGCGCCUUAUUUCGGUCGUAAAGUACAAUGACAAAUUUCAUACAGAUUGUGACAUAUUUUGUCGACGACGUUACGAAAACGCAUAUUACAUUCGUGGUAGAGCCUCUGAUAAUCAAGAUAUAUAAUUAUGAUUGACAAUCGCUUGCGGCGUAACGCGAGGACCCCGCGGUCUUCCAGUAGCGGGCUCGGGACCCCCCGCUGCCCCCCGCCGACCCCACGCCGACCCCGCGCCGACCCCGCGCACCGGGCGAGAAGGACGUCGGGUCGAUACUUGUUAAUAAAUAUUUGACUGUGAAUUUUUGGAAUGUAAAUAAAAAUUUAUGUUAUCGCAAAAUAAUUAUGUUUUCCUUUUAUUUUAUUUUUUUUCAUUAUGUUAUUAUUCAAUCACUGCCUACACAUACUUUGUUAUAUACUUAUACAUAC